AUGUCUCAACCUUGGCACAGUGAAGUACGCCCCGAAGAGCAAGAAAAAUUUGUUACCUACACCACUUCCCUUGUCUCCAAUCACGAAUUCUUCAAGAAUAAUCCUAAAUUUCCCAAGGAGACUGUGGACCAGAUUGCUCUUUAUUUUGUUACUCAAGCUUGGAACACAUCACCAACAAAACAAGUAUUUAUCCAAGAGUUACAAAAUAUUCCAUAUCAUGCAGAGCAGCACUAUCGUCCACAGCAACCUCCACAACAAGAAACAACUGUUCAACAAAAUCAGCACACUAUACAACAGCAACAAUCAAAUCAGACUCCGAAGAAUAAUACACAACAAUCAAAUAGCCAACAAUCUACACAAACACCACAACAACCAGUUAAUGAAUCACAAAUAUUUUGGGACACAUUUAUUGGAAUAAUUAAAAACAAACAUGAAUGUGAUAGAUUAAGACAUGACUACGGGACAGCUAAACAAUUAUUGGAAAAAUUCAAAGAAAAGAGAGACAAGUUUAUCACUGUUUUAGGAUACAAUGAUGCGGAUAAAAAAGUACAACAAUUAGAAAUCAUUACAAAGAACUUGAAACAAUAUUUUUUUGAUCAUCAAAAUAAUUAUAACGCAUUUCUUGAAAAGAAUAAGGACGAAACUGCAGCAAUGAGUAAUUUAGUUAAAACUUCUCCUAUUAGGAGAUUUAAAGAAGAGAUUGAAGUUUUAAAACAACUAAGUACGAUUGUACAGAAUCUUGCACACAUAUAUGAAAAGUUGUCUGUAACUUUGAAAACAAAGCAAUUAGAACAUAUUAAAAUCCUAGAUGAUCUCGAAAAAACCUAUCUCUCAGGAAAAUCUCAAAAUGAGAACGUUCUGAAACAAUUCUGUGAAACUGUACAUACCGAAGUUGGGUUUCCUUCUUUUGAUGAUUUUAUUUCCGUAACAAAUCAAACAAAUAAGAGGAAAAUUACCGAUAUUUAUCAGUCAUUGGAACCAAACAAAUCAAGAAAAUAUGAGGAGGAUCUAUUUCCAAUGAAAAAUUUUAUGAAACAAGUUCUUUUGGCAUCAACAUUUAAUUCCUCUCAGACUUUUUAUGAUGCAUUACAAGAACAUCUUACAACAAAACUCAAAUCCAAGUUUUUGAUUGCUUUUAAAAAUGCCAAGUCAAAGUUUGAAAUAGAUGUUAGACAUUUUCCACGAGGUACCAAUGCUAAGCAAGAUGAUGAAAUAGAUGAAGAUGGCUCUUGCAUUCCAUCCAAGCUCACAUCACCUGUGUCAGUGAGCUCUGUAUCUGAACUGUCGUGUGCCACAAACUUGACCGAUCUCCAAAAUGUAAAUACAUUCCAAGAAAAUGAAAAUUCCAAGCAGUUUGUUAUUGAAGUUUCACUUUAUUCCAAACUGCAAGAUGACACAAAAAAUGGGUUCCUAAAGCUGUACUUAUGUCCUCCAAUGCGUAUUCAUGUAAACUUUUCUCCAACAUCCAUAGACUUAAUUGACCCAAUUAUUGAUUUUAGCACUGAAGGAAUGGAAAACUCAAAUGCAAAACAAUACACUACCAUCAAUACAUCCAUCAAUGCUGCAAGUGCUCGUCUAUUGCUAUUAGAUCCAUUCCAAAUUCCUUUUAUCAAGGAAAAUGUUCUGCUCCAGCUCAAUCAGGAUGACCCAAUACCUGUUAAAGUACAAUGCCUGCUUUCCUCCUAUGUUAAUUCUGCUCUCUUUUGUAUUGAUUCAAUAGUCAUUAGUGAAUAAACAUUAUUAACCUUUAUUGUGU